GUUAUUUUUGCCCAUCCCUAUAUUUGACAAGCGCAAGGUUAACCUAAAACCUUUCUGUGACGCCGUGAGCUGUGACAUUUAAAAAACUCAUCAAAACCGAUCAAAACCGUUUCACAUCCAAAAUUAGUUCUGUCUAAAUUCAUAGUUUUAGAAUAAUUUGUUUUAAAAUAUACUACCGUAAAUAAUGAGAGCUUGUGACAAACGAAAAUAAUCAGUCGUCGAUUUGAAUGUCACCUUUCUCAAGUUGUGCAAUUCAAAAAAACUAAAGUGAUGUCUCUGAUGAAGAAAUACGCGAGACCCUGCGUCCUGCUGUUAAAAAGACACUUGCAGCAAACACAAGCAGAAGUACAGCCUCCUGUCAGUCUGCCCACUGGUCCUGUGUUCAGAAAUGCUCCAUAUUUCCCGGAUCGGAUAGCUAUAAGGGAUCAAUUUGCUGGAUAUACAUAUAGCAAUAUAUUUAUGGUAGCCAAUGAGCUUUCACAAGAAAUAACUAAGUUGGUCCAGGGGCGUACUAAUGAAAGGGUAAUGUUUCUUUGCCCUAAUGAUUUGAACUAUGUUGUGACUUUAUGGGCUAUUUGGUUAUCUGGACAGAUUGCUGUCCCUUUGAGUCCUCUACACCCUAAAAAUGUACUUCUAUACUAUGCAAACGAUACAAAUGCCAAAUUGAUUAUAACUACUUCAGAAUAUUCAGAUUUGAUGCAUAAGGUAUCAAAGAACUCACAUAGUGUAGUGCACUUGCUAGAUAAUGAGUUAAAGUCAAAAUGUGUUGACAAAGUGGCUACAACUAGAAGUGAUUUAGAAGGUGGACUUCCAUCACAAUUUUAUGAUGGUAGUAAUGCUAUGAUUCUAUAUACCAGUGGAACCACUGGAGCACCAAAAGGUGUAGUAUUAUCCCACAGAAAUCUUCAGUUCCAAGUAACAACUUUGUUAGAAGCAUGGAAGUGGUCUCAGAAUGAUGUUCUCCUUCACACAUUGCCACUGCACCAUGUUCAUGGUAUCGUAAAUGCCCUAUUGUGCCCUCUGUAUAUUGGUGCCAAGACUAUUAUGCUGGAGAAGUUCAAUGCCAAUACAGUGUGGUCACAGUUAUUAGGCGUAAAUGCACUGCCAAGUGAUAGAAAAGUAACGGUUUACAUGGCAGUACCUACGAUUUACUCAAAACUGAUCGACGAGUACAAAAAGGUAUUUAAAGGUGAUCCACAGAUGGUUGAGCAUAUCCGUAGCACAUUAAAAAAUAAAGUGAGGUUGAUGGUUAGUGGUUCUGCACCUUUACCUGUUACAAUUUUCGAGGAGUGGGAGAAUAUUUCUGGGCAUCGGCUUUUGGAGAGAUAUGGUAUGACUGAAAUAGGAAUGGCACUGUCUAAUUUAUAUGAAGGAAAUAGACAACCUGGAUAUGUAGGUCUUCCUUUACCUGGCGUUUCUGUUCGCCUGCUAGAAGAGAACGAAGCUACUGAAGAUAAAGAGAAUAUCUUGGAAUGUGUCAAUACAGGUGGUCUGAUCGAUUUCCCGCAUAAAGUAUACAAGAGCGAGAACCACAAAGGUGAGCUGUUGAUAAAAAGCGAUGGCGUCUUCAAAGAGUACUUCAACCGACCAGAAGCCACGCGCAAGGAGUUCACCGAAGACGGCUGGUUCAAAACAGGCGACAUGUGCGAAUUCUCAUCUGAAGCAAAGUUGUUCAAAAUGCUAGGCAGGAAGAGUGUGGACAUCAUCAAAUCAGGCGGGUACAAGUUAAGCGCACUCGAGAUUGAGACGCAGCUCCUGACGCAUCCGGAUAUCGCGGAUUGCUCAGUGGUGGGGGUAGAGGAUGUUGAGUGGGGACAAAAGGUGGCUGCUGUCAUUGUCUUGCACGAAGGAAAAGAGAUGACAUUAGCCACGUUGAAAGAGUGGGCUGAACAGAAGAUGCCAAAGUAUGCAGUGCCGACAAUGUUGUGCAUUGUCAACGAGCUGCCGAAAAAUGCGAUGGGAAAAGUCAACAAAAAGGAACUCGUCAAGGUUAUGUUCUAGAUGCGUCUAUGUUGUAAAUUCUAUAUGGAAACUUUUGCAUCACGCUACAAGUAAAAAGUUGAGGAUUUGUUACAUAUACACGUUUAUAUUAAAGUUAUUUUGCUUGAUGCAUACUUUAGUGGAUAUUUCGAUUGAAAGUCCAAAUGCAGAUGUUUUACGUUUGUAUUAUUAGAAUAUGCAACAAUAGAUACAGUCUGUCUACAGUGUUGUAAAGGGAGUUCAAAAUUACCAAAGUUUUUUAUCUGAUUAUUUCAUAGUACAAAUUGCACCAAAAAUUCCUCAAAUGCUGUUUUGCUUGAAAUGAUGUGUUAUGAAGCAAAAUCUGAAAAUUAAGGAGGUGGCGUUUGUUUAAUUUAUUUCGGACAGCUGAGAAUUGAUAUUUAUAUUUGUUUUCUCUAUCUAUCGAAAUAUGCUAUCAUUAUUCUUAUCACUAGAAUUACCCCAAUUUACUUCACCAAGCUACUAGAGACUGAAUUAUGUAACAAUAUAAGUUAUGAACUAUUACUAUUACUGAAUAAAUGGUUGUUGAUUACUA